AUGAUCAAAGGGCAAGACCUUCGUGAUGGAAUGCAGGGACUCGUAUUUCGAAGCUUCAACACUCGUGACUUGUCUUCUGAACUGAAAAACUUUAUUUUGAACCUGACGGAACGGCAUAUGCGAGCCAUAUACAACGAGGCUGCUUCCCUUGCACAUACACGCGCGGUCCCUCCAGGUUCCAAAGGGCCAAGAAUAGGCGCCUGGCGACGUUGGAGUACAAAGGCGAAGCGUCGAGAGCUAUUUGCGCUGGCGAGCAUGUUCGUUAUCGCCUUUUGGCAAAGAAAUCCCGCCGCUCUAGGAGAUCCAGCAGCGCAGCAAAGCGUUACAGAAUCUUCUAUUGUCGAGAUAGUUAACAUGUACUCGUCCGAAAAGGAGGUUCGUUCACGAACCCGGUCGUCUACAACACAAAAUGUUCCGACCCAACAUGUGCUCUCCCAGGUGUCCUGCAGUGAAUGCAACAGCGAAUUGCUGGUACCAGUGGCAUUUGCGUGUUAUAGAAUAGUCAAUGAGUGGGUGCCUCGGGGCACUCAAAGUGGGCGUGUUGUAUGUGAGAAGCAUUCUCUUCUGUAUGUUUACGAGUUGCAUUGCCUAGAUACAUGGCGCGGCUGUGGGAUCGGCACGCAACUUGUUCAUUUCGUUGAAGGUAUAGCUAGCCAGUUGAACGUUGCUGGUGUUGCGCUCACUUGCCUGAAAAAUAAUCCAGAGUCUUUAAUCUGGUACAAACGCCGCGGUUAUGAACGCGCCCCGCAUUGCCCCGAUACAGACGGGGGCUCGGUCUACCAGAUUCUGUGGAAAGAACUUCAAGAAAGGAACGCGUUGCCUGGAAGCAUGACAACCACAAGAGCAAGAACAGCGCCGUUCGAUCGAUGUUGCUAA